CCUGCCAAGCAGCAUGGAGAUAACUGCUCUCUGCACUAUUAUUGCCACUCUGAGAAUAUUUCCCAACAGAUCUCAGUUCUUCCUGUAUGAGUCUGUUACACUGAGCUGUGGAGAGCAUAAAAACUCUUCUGAUUGGACAAUAAAGAGAAACACAUCUAUAAAAACAAAUCAUGAGUGUUCCAAACACUGGGGUUCAAAAAAUGAGUCACACUGCUUCCUUCAAGAUGCUUACCCCUCAGACAGUGGGUUGUACUGGUGUGAUUCUGGAGCUGGAGCGUGCACUGAAGCUGUCAACAUCACUGUUACUGGAGGUAAAGUGAUUCUGGAGAGUCCGGUCCAUCAUCUGCAGGAGGGCGAUGCCGUCACUCUGCAUUGCACAUAUAGGGAGACUUCUUUAUCCAACCUCACAGCUGAAUUUUAUAAAGAUAACCUCCUCAUUGGGCACAGCUCUACGGGAGUCAUGACUAUCCCAAAGAUUUCAAAGUCUGAUGAAGGUUCCUACAAGUGUAAUGUCUCUGGUACUGGAGAAUCACCAUACAGCUGGCUGUCUGUCAGAGGUGGGCAGCCUGAACCUUUUCACUCCCCUCUUCUGCAUGACUCACUUCCUGUGUUGAGGGUUUCUGUCUCUCUGGCCGUGGUGAUGGUGCUGCUGCUGUGAAUCUACAGCAGCCACAAAGAUCAGUUUGUUUCUCAAACAUUUGAAGAAUUUAUUUUGAAAUGAAAUUAAAGAAAUUGUAAUGGCUAACAUGUUCAUUUGUUCCUCUGAGCUCUUAGAGUAUUUUGUCAAAAUACUUCAUUGACCAUUCUGCUGCCA